UACCAGUACAAAAUGGUGACCUCUCCAGCGCUCCUGUCCCAGCUGACAGCGAAGUGGAAAACCCUCUCCUCGGGAACCAGGGCCUUCCUCAAAGUCGGACUGCCGAUGAUCAUCAUGGUGGUGGGAGGGUCAUACGGACUGGAAAGAUUUUCUUCCUUACGAUAUGAUGUACAGUUCAGGAAGAGAAGAAUUGACAAAAACCUAGAGGAGAAGUUUGGGUGGAAGAAGAAGGAAGAGCCAGUCACUCUGGAGAACCAAUUUGAGAAAGUUCAGAAGGAUGUGGACGUGUCUGACUGGGAGAACAUCAGGGGACCACGCCCGUGGGAGGACUCUAAGGAGUUCCAACUGAAGAUGGCAGAACAGAGACAGAGAAGAAAACGGCAGGCAGACACUACUGGUCAAUAACACAUGGGUCCAUGUUUUUAUAUAUAUAUAUUGUUUAAUCUAUUGUCUAAUUCUAUUGUCAGCACACUUAAACUAGAAGAUUACUUUGUGAAUUGUCAAUUACAGCACUUUUUUUUUACUUUCUAAUUUGCUCCAUUAAACCUACUGAGUAGCUAUGUAUGACAAUAUUGACCAUUGUUAGUACAAUUUGCUCAUGAUUUGAGUAUAGGUCUAAAAGCAUUGGUACUGUGCACCUGUAUAGAAUCCAUAGAUUGACUAUUACAUGUAAUAUAGUCAGAGAAUGGAGAGUGUACUGAUAAUGUGUAUACAAAGUAAUUGAUACCUAUACUGAUAAGAUUGUGCAUAUAUGCAGUUCUGUACAGCUUUGUUAAAUUAAUAAAUUGUGUUAAAAAAAACCUCAUCUGUAUUGCCUGUUGGAAAUUCAUAAGAACUCCACAGUGACUGACUUUGUGUUGAUACAUGUACAUACAACAGUAAUGUUAGUUACCACCACGAAUGAUACAGAUGAAUUUGUAUUAA